CUUUGAUUGUGCUCGACGACGACGACAUCAACGACUAACCCGACUUCUACCACCACAGCAAGUCAAUCAUCAUGCCUCCAAAAGCCGGCGGCAAGAAGGCCGCUCCAGCUCCAUUCCCUGCCAGCAAGGCUGGUGGUGCGAGCAAGAAGCCAGCAAAGAACCCACUCAUCGAGCGCCGUCCACGCAACUAUGGUAUCGGCCAGGACAUCCAGCCCAAGCGCAACCUGUCGCGCAUGGUGCGAUGGCCCGAGUACGUGCGCCUGCAACGCCAGCGCAAGAUCCUCAACAUGCGCCUGAAGGUCCCACCGGCGAUCGCCCAGUUCUCUCAGACCCUCGACCGCAACACCGCCGCCCACACCUUCAAGUUCCUCAACAAGUACCGCCCGGAGACCAAGGUCGAGAAGAAGGAGCGUCUGCACAAGGAGGCCACCGCCGUAUCUGAGGGCAAGAAGAAGGAGGAUGUCAGCAAGAAGCCAUACACCGUCAAGUACGGUCUCAACCACGUUGUUGCCCUCAUCGAGGCCAAGAAGCCUGCUCUCGUCCUCAUCCCCAACGAUGUCGACCCAAUUGAGCUUGUCAUCUACCUCCCAGCACUGUGCCGCAAGAUGGGUGUGCCAUACGCCAUUGUCAAGGGCAAGGCACGUCUCGGAACAGUCGUCCACAAGAAGACUGCUGCCGCUCUCGCCAUCACCGAGGUCCGCGCCGAGGACAAGACCGAGCUGUCCAAGCUCGUCCAGGCCGUCAAGGAGGGAUACCUCGAGAAGAACGAGGAGGCCAAGCGCCACUGGGGAGGAGGAAUCAUGGGCGCCAAGGCCCAGGCACACCAGCGCAAGAUCCGCGAGCGUGCCGAGCGCGAGAUCAAGAUCUAAGUACGAAAGUAUUGAGCAUCUUGUUUCUUGUGUGUACCUCCUCAAUUCGAUCAUGGGCAUGGCGUGUGGCGCAAUCAUCAAAAAGUGCAGAAGCAGUCCACGGUCUGUCUUACCUGUCUGCUGGGAACUGGUUUGGGCUUUUUAGCUGGGGAAUGAAAAUUCGAAAUGACAC